CCCAACAUGGCGGAUCUUCUAAGCAUUCUGCGGCUAUACAACAUCGAGAAAAAGGAGAUCGUACGAAAAGAUGACCAAGUUAUAUUGGGUGAUUUCGCUUGGCUGAAGACAGCAAAGACAAACUUCACGAUAUGGGGGUCAGACAAAGAGGGUGUGAAGGAAUACUAUACAUUAGAUUCAAUUCUGUUUCUACUUAAAAAUGUUCAGCUAAGUCAUCCCAUCUAUGUGCGCAGAGCAGCGGCUGAAAAUAUUCCAGUAGUUAGAAGACCUGACAGAAAAGCUUUAUUGGAUUAUCUCAAUGGAGAAACAAAUACCAGUGCUAGUAUUGAUAAAAGCGCCCCCAUAGAAAGUGCCUCAAGACCAACACAAGUGAAAAGACCACUUGAAGAAACAAGAAAUGAAACAUUUAAGAAACCAAGAUUGGAAGAAGAACAUGUCAAACAAGACAAG